AAACAAUUCAGUUGAAAAAUCGUUUUCCAAUACCACUCAACCGCGCCCUAACAUAAAGGCUGUUGUAAUCCCCUAAUUGCUUCAUAUAUAUUAAACUGAAAUCGAUCCACAUAAAAUAGAGACCGUAUCCAACAAAGAAAAGACAAACAGCCACCAUUUCAUAUUAUAUGGGAAGGACGUGAAGAUAUCGGCGCCGCGGCGCUUCGCAUUCUCGGCAACCAAUCGUAGCGCACCCGUAGACAUCUACAAGUUUCGUAGCGACCGCUGACGCAGUAACAGGGCGCCGUAGCUCUCUACGCUGAACGGGACAAAUUCGGAAUACAUUGACCUUUAACGAAAACCUCCGCAUUCCCCGAAAAAAUAAUACAGUUCGCGCAAAACGUUCAACAGUGAAACAGGCAUCUUCGAACGCACGAGUACACAGAACCGUCGCUCGCUUGUUAUGGCACCGAUAAAAUUAAUUCCGGAAACAUCUGCAGUCAUAAAGGUAUCGUCGACGAUGAGGCGACAGGCCUGAAGAGUGUCGCCGAGCGGAGAAGGAUAAAGAAGUUGAGCGCGAUGAAGUAGUGCGCUUGUGCGGAUCGAUCGGGCGACAUCGACCGCGGGGCGCGCCGGCGGGAGCGGUCGCAGUCGCGCGCGAGCACGGCGAGGGGGCGCGCGCAUCGGAGCACGUGCAUGGCGCGUCUGACUGAAUGCCUCGCGCCCUCGGGGAAUGGCUUCGUCCGAGGAAGAGGCGACUACGCCGAACCCUAAUUAUGACUGCCUCAGUGUCCGAAGAUGGUGGUGUUUCCUGCUCUCGUCGAUCUUCACGUUCCUCGCGGGACUGCUCGUGGUGCUACUAUGGCGCGCGUGCGCGUUCGUCUGCUGUCACAAGGAGCCCGAGCUCGCGCCCAACGACCCCAAGCAGAAGGAGCAGAAGGCCGCGAGACAGGGCAAACAGGAGUUCGAGGGGACCUUCAUGACCGAAGCGAAAGACUGGGCCGGCGAACUCAUUUCCGGUCAGACCACCACCGGACGUAUUCUGGUAGUGUUGGUGUUCAUUCUGAGUAUAGCAUCGCUCAUCAUCUACUUCAUUGACGCAUCCAGUGAAGAAGUCGAAAGAUGCCAGAAAUGGAGUGACAAUAUCACUCAGCAAAUCGACCUUGCCUUUAACAUAUUUUUUAUGGUCUACUUUUUUAUACGAUUUAUAGCGGCUAGUGACAAACUAUGGUUCAUGCUCGAGAUGUAUUCGUUUGUAGAUUAUUUCACGAUACCCCCAUCAUUUGUAUCGAUAUACUUGGACAGAACGUGGAUAGGUCUGAGAUUUCUCAGGGCUCUGCGUUUAAUGACCGUGCCUGAUAUUUUGCAAUACCUCAAUAUAUUAAAAACGUCAAGCUCAAUCCGCUUAGCGCAAUUAGUUUCUAUAUUUAUAUCAGUGUGGUUAACAGCCGCCGGUAUUAUUCAUUUGCUGGAAAACUCAGGGGAUCCGUUGGAAUUCGCUAACUCACAGAAGCUCUCAUACUGGACAUGCGUGUAUUUCCUUAUAGUGACGAUGUCCACAGUAGGUUACGGUGAUGUGUUCUGUCACACUGUACUAGGCAGAACCUUUUUGGUAUUUUUUCUCCUCGUUGGUUUGGCAAUGUUCGCUAGUAGCAUUCCCGAAAUUAUAGAGCUGGUAGGAAGUAGGUCCAAGUACAGUGGCGAGCUGAAGCGUGAACACGGAAAAAGGCACAUUGUUGUAUGUGGCCAUAUAACAUACGAAUCAGUGAGUCAUUUUUUAAAAGACUUCCUACACGAAGAUCGAGAGGAUGUGGAUGUUGAGGUGGUUUUUUUACACAGGAAACCGCCCGACCUGGAGCUCGAAGGCCUGUUCAAGAGACACUUUACCACUGUGGAAUUCUUUCAAGGCACCAUUAUGAAUCCAAUCGACCUGCAAAGGGUAAAAGUCCAUGAAGCAGAUGCUUGUCUGGUGCUAGCCAACAAAUACUGCCAGGAUCCGGACGCUGAGGACGCAGCCAAUAUCAUGAGGGUCAUCUCUAUCAAGAACUACUCCGACGAUAUCAGGGUCAUCAUACAGCUCAUGCAGUACCAUAAUAAGGCCUAUCUGUUAAACAUUCCAUCAUGGGAUUGGAAGCAAGGAGACGACGUGAUUUGCUUGGCGGAACUUAAACUCGGCUUCAUCGCCCAGAGCUGCCUUGCGCCUGGCUUCUCGACCAUGAUGGCUAACCUCUUCGCCAUGCGGAGCUUCAAGACGUCCCAAGACAUGGCUAUAUGGACUAAUGACUACAUGCGAGGUACCGGGAUGGAGAUGUACACAGAGACCCUUAGUCCUACGUUUAUCGGGAUGCCUUUCAUUGAAGCAGCCGAGUUAUGCUUUACGAAACUCAAGCUUCUUCUAUUAGCAAUAGAGAUCAAGGGAGAAGAGGGAGCCGAUAGCAAAAUAUCGAUAAACCCUCGCAACGCGAAAAUCCAUGCCAAUACCCAAGGGUUCUUCAUAGCACAGUCGGCUGAUGAAGUCAAAAGAGCGUGGUUUUAUUGUAAGGCCUGCCACGAGGACAUCAAAGACGAAACACUCAUCAAGAAGUGCAAAUGCAAAAACUAUGUCGGAAUGAUGAUGAUGCAGACUGGGAUGGUGAAACAAAGUCUUAAUACGUACCGUGCUCUCGAUGAUGAUCACCAUCCUCCCCCCACCUUCACGCCGCCAGAGUUGCCCAAGAAGGUCCAUGUUCGAGGCGAAAUCGCCCGCGAAAGGGGGGAAGAUACAAACUUAAUAAAUCGCAACCAUCGGAACGCGCCGACGGCGAUGCUGUCUCCAAUGGCGAACCAGCUGGUGAACACGACGACGACUCGGCAAGUCAACAAAGUAAAGCCGAACGUCAAUCGAGUACCGCCCGAUACGAAUCCUCAAGAUCAAGACACGAAUUACCAGGCCUAUCACCUUGCCUACGAAGUGAAAAAGCUCAUGCCUACUAGCAGAAGCAGUGGGGGUAAUCAGAACAGCAAUGGAGUUAGUCUGCCUGCUGGAUUGGCAGACGACCAGUCGAAAGACUUCGACUUUGAAAAGACUGAAAUGAAAUACGACUCAACAGGCAUGUUCCAUUGGAGCCCUGCCAGGAAUCUUGAAGAUUGUAUAUUAGACAGAAACCAAGCGGCUAUGACGGUUCUAAAUGGUCACGUUGUCGUGUGUCUAUUCGCGGAUCCAGACUCGCCACUGAUCGGCUUGAGGAAUCUCGUGAUGCCGCUAAGAGCCUCCAAUUUCCACUACCACGAGUUGAAACACGUGGUUAUCGUAGGAAGCGUCGACUACAUACGAAGAGAAUGGAAAAUGUUGCAGAAUCUUCCGAAGAUAUCUGUAUUGAAUGGUUCACCGCUAAGCCGGGCCGACUUGCGUGCAGUAAACGUGAACCUAUGCGACAUGUGCUGUAUCCUGUCAGCGAAGGUGCCAUCGAACGAUGACCCUACACUGGCGGACAAGGAAGCUAUCUUGGCUUCGUUGAACAUCAAGGCGAUGACGUUCGACGACACGAUAGGAGUGCUCAGCGCCGGCGCGGGGGCCAACGGCAGCAACGCGCAGCCGCUGCCGGGCCAGCCCCCCGCGCCCGUGCUGCUACAGAGGAGGGGAUCCGUAUACGGUGCUAAUGUACCUAUGAUUACAGAGCUGGUGAACGAUAGCAACGUGCAGUUCUUAGACCAGGACGACGACGACGACCCCGACACGGAGCUGUACUUGACGCAACCGUUUGCCUGCGGCACUGCGUUUGCCGUCAGCGUACUCGACUCUCUCAUGUCCACUACGUACUUCAACCAAAACGCGUUGACACUGAUCCGUUCGCUGAUAACGGGCGGCGCGACCCCCGAGCUGGAGCUGAUCCUCGCCGAAGGUGCCGGGCUCCGCGGCGGGUACUCCACGCCCGAGAGUCUGGCCAACAGAGACCGGUGUAGAGUGGGCCAGAUAUCCCUCUACGACGGUCCCCUGGCCCAGUUCGGAGAGGCCGGCAAGUACGGGGACCUGUUCGUGGCCGCCCUCAGCACGUACGGGAUGCUGUGCAUCGGCCUCUACAGGUUCCGGGACACCUCGUCCUCGUGCGACGCGAGCAGCAAGCGCUACGUCAUCACUAAUCCCCCCGACGACUUCUCGCUGCUGCCCACCGACCAAGUGUUCGUGCUGAUGCAGUUCGACCCGGGCGUGGAGUACCGCGCAUCCCGCCGCGCCGCGCCCGCCCCCAAGGACGACGCCUCCUGACUAUUGCUGUGCAGCGCCCUCACCGACGGGCCCUACUCCUACAUCUAGGGGGCCCGGCGUCUCGACAAUCCCGCCCUGAACUGCCCAAACCCUCCACUGCACAAUCGAAACUCUUAACUCCAAGUGCUUUACUUUGAGUUGGAGACGUGAUUGGAUACAGUUUGACGGUUAAAUCUCGUAUCACAUUUUCUGAUCCUUGUCAUUUAUAGAGUACCAGCGACCCUUCAGAAACUGUAAUUUAUUAUUGAUUUCUCCACUAUUUAAUAAUUGUUAUUAUACAUAUAAACCUUCCUCUUCAAUCACUGUAUCUAUUAAAAAAAACCGCAUCAAAAUCCGUUGCGUAGUUUUAAAGAUACAUUAAAGAUACAUACAUAGGGAUAUAAGGACAGAGAAAGCGACUUUGUUCUAUACUAUUUAGUGAUACCAUAAAAACAAGAUUAAACUGUCAACUGUAUUUAAAUCGAACCCCAGAAUACCUUCAUUUAAAAAAUAUUUUAAUUGGCCUUUUUUUUACUUUUACUACACAGUUCAAAAUAAAAAAUCCUACUUCCGACAUUGCGUUCAGUUAAAUCAAUCAUACAUCGCCUUUUAUUUGAAACACAAUUUUGCCUGCACUACAUUACAACGCUUAUAAAAUUAUAUUAUUUUCACGAUAUUAUUGCUGCACUUUGAUCCAGCACUAUUUUAAGUCUAAAAGCGACUAUAAAGCUAUUUUAAAUUACGUGAAACACGAAUAAAACACCAAAUAAGACAAUUUAUUUAAAUAUGUUUAUUAAAUUUUAAGUAAUGACAAAAUAUGUAUAUUAGUUGAAAAUGGUCAAAAUAUUAAUGGCGUUGGUUUAUAUUUUUAGUUCAUAAGUGUUGUAAAAAUUAUCUUUGAAUUUUUGAAAUCUAGAUUGACACAGCUCUAUGCUAUAUUACAAAGACGCAAAGCACUUUUGUUCCUGUUUUUUCUUCAUUUUUGAUUCUCUUUUGUCAAAAUCCACCAUUUUGCGCUCCAAAAAUAACAAUGGCGACUGCAAUUUAAAAAAAAAACAAUUUUAUUAAGUAAUGUUUUUUGAGAAGCGAACAACUUUAAUCUUGAAUAUUAAAAGUUAGUACCUAAAUAGUUAUUUGUGAUCGAAAUAAUGGAACCUUUUAAACUUUUAAUUGCAGAAAAUUUUAGUUUCACAGUAAAAAUAUAUCUGCAUCGGCUACCUUCGAACUACCUUAAAUCUAGAAUUUUCCAUUCUAUAAAAUUCACUGAACUUUUUUUUUUCUCAUCUGUUUUCUAAAUAUUUAACACCUUUCUAUAUGUGUAUAUCUGAUAUGUGUAUUUUUAGCAUUUAAAAUGUUCAUUGACUGAUUGAUUUAAUAGGCAAUUUGCGUAUUAAUUAAAUUUGUUAUUUCACUUAAGUAGCUCUUAGUAUCUUUUGAAUUAUUACUUCUUCGCUUUAGCUGUAAGAUAUAUUAUACUUCAUGUUAUUCUUAAAGGUGCACGUACUAUGGUAGAUUUUGCUCAUUUCUCUUUAUCUUUUUGUAAAUAAACUUUGGACACCUGUAGUUGUUUGGUAUUUUUUGUGCAAGACUGAAAAUAAUAAUUUGAACGUCCAUAAAACCAAAGAACUGCACGAAAAAUAUAAAACGAACUUGUUAUGUUUAGUCUCAUUUUAGUUUAUAUUGUUUCAUUUUGUUUAUUCAAUAAACUUUAAUUGUGUAGCUUUUUUAUUUUUUUUAUUUUUAUUAUUUUUUUCCUACGGGCAGGGGAUUGUCAAAGUGGACGUGAUACAUGGCGCUGCACAAAAAUAAGACUUAUGAACUGAUACAAAUUAAAAAAAAAUUGCCAUUGUGAGCUCUAUAUAAACAAAAUUGUUUUCAUUUUAUUAUUUUGCGACGGACACUUGAGUACAAAGUGAUAUUUCGCUGUAAAUGUGUGAUAUUAUUUUUCGAAAAAAAAAUUAUCGUUAUUUAUUAUAGAAAAAUAGGGCUUGUGAAGCCAGGCAGUGUAUUUAGUAUUAACUCCGGGUGCUUUGACGAUUGUGGAUUCUCAUAGUUAACUACGUUGAUUGUAUUAGAUGACGUUUUAAUCGACUGAAUCAAACCGCACUGACAUAGUGUGACACGCAACAUCGAAUGAACUAUCGAUAACAGUUCAGUCGAUUAAAUUAACGUUAUUAGAAUUUAAUAGAAAAAUAGUUACAUCACCAAUUUUUAGAUGAAUCGUUUAUAUAAAUAAUAUAGUCAGCAUUAUACUUAUUUAUUCAAUUUAAAAUUUACACGAUGUUUGAUGAAAUCAGUAAGUGUACCUUUAUAGAAAGCACGCGACAGCUACAAAUUAAUAAAUAUGAAAAUAUUUCAAUUAAAAUGAAUACCUCAUUGUAACGACUAGUGAGAAUAUGUGAGAAUGUUAUUUAAAAGUCAUAAUUUAAAAGUUUAUCAAACAUCAUGUAUGUACAAAUUGUACAAUAGAUAAUUCUGUCACGUUAUAAAUUAGAUUUCAUCCCAUUUGUAAUAGACUAGGCAAAACCGGCCUUAAAAUUUACUAUUAAUUAUAGGUACAUCGUUUCACUUUCAUAUGAAUGUGUAAUAUUUCAAAUAAUCGAAUUAAUUUACUUACCGCACAGAAAAAAAAAACAGUUAAAGCAAAACGAUAUUUAAAAAUCACAUACAGAUCAAAACAGACAAUGGAAUUGAAUUUUUAAAUACUGCCACACUUGUUUUGUUAACAAUAUGACAAAUCGAAAAUUAAUUUUGACACCAAAACUAAAAAAUAUAUCUCUUUGAUAAAUAAUUACAUGUAUAUCGCAUUAUCCAUUGUAUUGCCAACACGUCAUAAAGUUCACAAUUUGCCUACUAAAAUUUAGACUUAUAAAUUAUGUAUAUUAUAGUUAAAUAAAUAAAAGCAUACUUAAAAAUCACAGUUUGUAAAGAAUAACGUUUUCGAGAAGGUUGUGCACGUUAGAUUAUUUACGUAAUUAUAAAAACAAGGUCUGUCCAAAUCUAUAACGUAAAUUAAAGGGGGCUCACGGUCAGAUGUUCAAUGGCUACGCAAAAUUGCAAGCGGUAGGUAUACUGGCAUAACCACCUCUGAGGAUUUAGUACGAAUCAUUGUAAUAAUUGAACUAGUUUGAAAUUUCAAACGUCCCAGCCAAUUCACAGGAAACAUCAUUUGUUUUAGUCGAUAAAUCGAAUGGUAAACGAAAUAUCGAGAUGUUUUUUCGGUUAAGUGACUUGGCUAGGAUCGAUAGUAGCGAUUCAUGCAUGAAGCCCUAAACGCCAAACUAGGUACCUGCGUACCGCAGGACGCAGCGUACUGCAUUCUACACUCAAAUAAAUAAGAAAACUAUUACGAGCUAGUAAAGUUGUAAAUAGUCAAAUGUAAUUUUGUAUGUUACGUAAGGAUUUUUUUCGAAAUACGUCUUCAUGGCAUUAAAUAGAAGGCUAAUAUUAAAACUCUAUAUUGAAAAUCGUGUGUAGUUCGUUGUGAAUUUAGGCUUCGGUGUCACUGUACGCUAGAUAGGUAUAUAAUUCGGACGUGUCAAUGUAAAAUAUGUAAAAUACACGCUAUCGAUUCGGAUUAUUAUUAUGAAUGUUAUAUUAAGUAUAUAUAUAAUUAUAUAAAUGAAUGAUUUUUCCUUUAAUAUUUUUAUACAGCAUUACAAAUAUUAAACGCAAUUAAAAGUUUAGAGAGGUGGGUCAGUGUGCAAUUUAAAAAAAAAGGUAUAUUUAGUGUUUAAUUCUUAUAAUCGCCUUAAAGAGAGAGAAUAUAGCCGAGUCCUUCUAUGUGUUAGCUUAUAGUGUGAAUCGUUCAAUGUGUGUAAAUGGUCACUCGACUAAAAUGUCGUUGUGGAGUUCGCGUAUUAAGACACUUUAUAAGCUACGUGUCUUGUGCGUUUCGCUAUUCGGCAUUCGCCAUGACUUAUUCUUCUUCGAUAUAUUAUUAAACUACAUAAUUCCCACACCCAUUCUUAUUUGUUUCCGACUAUUUAUCCUUCAUAAUUUACUUUGAAUCUUUCUCGAGGUCUAACGGAAUUAACGUACAUGGAUCGGCACAAUUUAUUGAAAUUUAAAUAUCAUCUCACUUUUAAUAAAACACGUUCAAUAAAAUCGUUAGUAAAACAUUUUUAAAGGAACGGGAGUAGGAAAAAGAUUCUAAGCCUAAAUUAAAGAUUAAAAUGGUAUAGUAGUGAAAUCUGAGCCAAGAGAUAAAAAUAGGUUUAGCUGCCAUUUGUAAGGGACUUAAAUAUAUUUUAGAAUACAAACAAACCUUACAUUAAUGGUAACUCAAAAAAAUUCAAAUAGAAACACCCAAGAAUUUGAAGAUUCAAAAUGUUUUCGCAUUCAUAUGCAUUCACAAUCGUUCAUCAGAACUUUUACUAUAACAAGGUACUGAUAUUUCCGAAAUCAUCAAAAGCUAAUGAAAAAUUGUCGUAAAAUCAUUCACGCGAAUUUAGGUAUACAUGUUGUGUGCAUUAAACUUUAGAAUAACAACAUUGUUGACUAUUGCUAAUAGCUUGAGGUUGUUAAUGUUUUUAGAAAGAAAAAAAAGCUACUUUCAUCUAACAUUUAUACAGGGUGUUAACUGUUUCCAAAGUCAAAAUGGGAAUAAACAGAUACCUAACUUUAACAGUAAGCGAUGUUCAUUAAGAUAAGAAAAUUAAAAUAACAAAACAUAGCUGUAGUGUUAGCAUAAUUUUACUUUACAAUAUAAUCUAUUCACAGAGACUUUGAUUCCGUGCUUCAAGGGAUUUUUAUUUAUGAUACAAGUUAUCGGAUUCUUUGGUUAAAUACAUGAUUCAAAGCUGUUUUUAUUAAAUAUGGUAGCUAGGUAGGCUAGACAGCUACCCCAAGCAACACCAUUUCGAGACCCUUAAAAAAGCACCCUGUAUAUGUGUGAAUGAAGUAUGUAUUAUAAGUAUCUCUUAAAAGCUCUAUAAAAGAAUGUUCGCUAGGCUCUUUGUAAGCUGAACGCCAUCUAUAUGUCGUGUUGUUACACUAGUUCUGUCUUAUUAAAUGUAGUAUCAAUAUAAUGAUGGCUGUGAGAUAAUAUAUAUAAAACAAUUUAAAAAUUUAAUGUGUAAUAGAUGAUUAUAAAGGCAUAAAGAUCGAAUCACUCUAUGGCAAAUUAGCUGGACUAAAAUGAACAAUUUUUUGACGGAAAUUUCAGUGUCGUUUUGAAGGAAACACUUAAAUGAAAAAAAUCCAUAAACGACAUUGAUGGUUUUUGUGAAAAAAUAGCAUAACGCCUUGGCACUGGAAGAUUUUUUUUAUUGCUAAAUAUAUUUCGUUAACAUUCUAUACAUGUAUAAUUGUCAAUUUCAAGAAUAAAUGUCACAGUGCCAAUCAGCUGGAAAUUGCUUAUUAUGCGUAAAGGGUUACCACGUGUAUCAAAUCAGAUUUUUCUAAUAGCUCAUUUUAAAUUAGACUUUCAAUCUAGUUUUCUCUUUCUAGAACUUAUUGUACCAAUUGAUUUCAUCUUCUAACUUCUAAUAUUACGUGUGGUAACCUAAACUUUAAAAACUCACAGCUUUCUCUACAGUUGCUCAAGUUUCUACGCAAAGUCAUAACCCCAGUUUCACUGCUUCUAGGUGUAUUACCAUUAAAAAGGUCCACAUAAAUUUAUCUCACGUAAUAUUACAUCACUAUUUAGGUAGGCGGCCAUCUUGUGAAUCUAUUUAAGCAAGAUGGCCGACGAAAACGGUAAUGUAAUAUUAUUAGACUGUUCAAAAAUGUAUCACACCACAAGAACAAAAUUAUUUAAUAUUGUUGAUGUUGAUUGUUAAUAAAAUGCAAAUAAUGUAAAUAUCAAAAUAAAUUCUGUAUUUGUAUUUGA